GUAGCACGCGCGGGUGUUUUAGCUGCUGUGCUUUCCCUCACUUGUUCUGAGAUUGUUUUUCCCCUAUUCCCUGACCCAUCGCCCUGGCUCCACUCACACCAUGUCCCCCCUGUGGGGCUCUAGAUCUGACCUAUCCCGUGUUCUCAUGGCAGGCUCCAGCGCAGUUUCUGUGUGUUCAGGCGUGUGCUCCUUUUCGGGGACACUCGUGCUCCCCAGGGCGCACUGGGGUGGCUGAGACAAGCUCUGCAAGUGUUGGCAGGGAUUGAAGAUGGAAGAACCACAGAUUUUCUCCACAAGUGAUGGCUGUGGGGGCGACAGAGUCACAGAAAAGUACCGGGUUGAGUCCAAGCAGCCAGCCUCGCACGUCCAGCUUGCCUGCCGCCCGCCACACUGCGCUUUCCCCUUAGAUGGAAAUCAUCUCUGCGUGUGGAGCACCGAGGACCCGCCCCAGCAGCUUCUGGUCUUAAGAGGACACCAUCAGCCAAUCACUGCCGUGGCAUUUGGAAAUACGGGGAACCCCCUUCUGGUCUGUUCUGCAUCACAAGAUUAUGUUAUCAUGUGGAGGCUGGACGAAUGCAGAGAGAAAGUGCUUCAAGGGUUGGUUCCUUGCGGGCUCAUCUUGGACACCCUCCCAGGAAAGGUGCAGUAUGUGAGGUUUGGUCCAGACGACCAGGUAGCCGCUGUGUGUGCUGGUAACAAAGUCCUCGUGCUGGAUGUCCAGAGUCAGUCCCCGCGAGCCCAGCUGGAGGGGCACCAGGGCCCUGUGACGGCUGCUGAGUUCUGUGCGUGGCAGGCACACCUCCUCAUCUCGGUGUCUGAGGACAGGAGCUUUAAGGUCUGGGACUACCACGCGGGAUCGUUAGUGCACAGCUCCUCGGUGCUGACAGCCUCCCCCCUCCUGAGCCUCUUCCUGGAUGGACGGAGCCAGCAGCUUGUUGCCGGAAGUGCCGAGGGCCAGCUGUGCAUCUUCAGUUUGGUGCAAGGUCAUCAUUACCGUCGUGUGACUCGUGUGGACCUGAGCAAACAGAUGGAAAGUUUCUCCACCUGCCAGCCAGGAGAGAGUGCGCUUCCCUCGGCAGGCGAGCUGAACGGAGGGGACCUGGUCGACAUCACGCUUCCUGUCCUGGCCCUGGCGCACUGCAACCUGUCACGCGUCCUUGAUCAGUCCACACUGUGCGUCUCUCUCAACAGCCCUCUUCCUGGGACCAGCUGCGUGUGGGUGGGAAGCUCUGCGGGACUGUUUGUGCUCAACCUGGCGAGCUUUGAACUGGAGGCCGUCUUACGUUACAGGGAUUUUCAGAACCUCAGCAUUCAGGUGGCCGGGUCAUGUGCUGUGAUGAGCAGCAAUGACAAGGCCUUCUGCUUGCUCGCAGCCAUGUUCGGAAAUGAGAUCACGGGCUUGGAGGUCAACCUGGCUGCUCUGGUGAGGUCCCAGCAGCGCCCCCACCUGGGAGCACAUCUCUCAGUGCUGCCCAGCUCCUGUGUCUCAUCGACCUCCCCUCUGUAUUUUGGAAUCGCUGAGGGAAAAUGUACCAAGCCGGCUGGUCACAAACAAGCGGCUGCUCGGAGCGCCCUGCGGGACCAGCCCCUGGUCUUCCACAGCCGCGUCAGGUCCUCGGGGUACACGGCCGCACCGCAGGUCACCAUGUUUUCACCGAAAACCAAUCUCAAGAGUGACUGUAAAAGGUCAAAACGCAAGAACACUCACACUCGUGAGGAGUACCCUCUGGAGAGCUCUCCACCCACCCAGCUCCGCAGGCAGCUCGCUGUAGCCCAGGGCCCGGCAGCCGUGCGCUGCGUCCAGUUCUCAGGAGAUGGGCGGCGGCUGGCCUGCGGCUUAGCCAACCACUUGUCACUGGUCUUCGAUGCCGAUCUUACUGGAGCACCUGCUAUUUUCUCAGGUCACAACGGGGCAGUGAGUGCCCUGGGCUGGAGCCACGACGGCCGAUGGCUGCUGUCCGCCUCCCAGGACGGGACCGUGAGGGUGUGGUCAGCUUGCAGUAGGGAGCUCGCCUUGUGUCUGGGCACAGACCUAUUCCCCCAGCCAGUGCCCUGCGCCCAGUUUUACUACCUCGACGCUUUCAUCCUGCUGUCGGUGGGCCCCGAGUUCCAGCUGCUCACGUUCCAUCUGGACACCGGCAGAGAUGAGAUCAAAAGGUACAAGCAGAAGAGCAGGUGCAGCCCCGUGUUCAGACUCCCCACCACGGGGGCCGCGGAGAUCACCAGCCUGUCUGCCGUGAACGAGUUUUACUCCCACCUCGUGCUGGCUGCUGGCCGGAGCAGGACUGUGGAGGUUUUCGACCUCAACGCAGGCCGCAGCGCCGCCCUGAUCAAGGGAGCCCACUCUCGGCCUGUCCACCAGAUCUGUCAGAAUAAAGGAUCGUCAUUUACGACCCAACCACCUCAGGCUUAUAAUCUUUUUGCAACCACAGCUGUUGGUGACGGGAUCCGGCUAUGGGAUCUGAGGACCCUGAGGUGUGAGCGCCGCUUCGAAGGCCACCCGAACCGCUGCUACCCGUGUGGAAUCUCCUUCAGCCCCUGCGGGCGACUCGUGGCUUGUGGAGCAGAGGACAGACACAUGCAGAGGAGUGAGACGCUGGAUCGGAAGGGUGGUAUGCAUUUAACUUCAUAGGAAACUUCCAGACAGGUUUCCAAAGUGGCUGUGCCACUGGAACAGUUUAGCUCCACAUGCUUGGCACACAGGUGUGCACAGAAAAGUGUAGGCAACGGGUGAGGCAAAGGCGACUGCCAGGAAGCACACUGAGCUGGGCAAGGGCUUCAACAAGGGGAGCGGUUCAGAUUCUGAAAUGAGGCAGCUGUGGUUCGAUCCCUGGUUCCGACUCCCACAGCUGUGUGACCCACCAGGAAGACUGCCGGCCCCCAGCCCUGGUCUCCUUGUCUAUAGAAUUGGGACAAUAAUGAUAUUUUCUUCAUUGGGCUGUAGGGAGGAUUAUGUGAGGCUACAAAUAUAGAAGUUAGUGCUCACUAAGUGUUAGCUGUUAUUACUAACCUCUGUAUUUUAUAAUUAGAAACAAGAGAUGCAAAAGAGGUGUGGUUUUAUAAUUUCCUGUAUUUGUUUAAUCUGAACAGCUGACAAGAGGGGAGGGGAGCCUUGGACUGAGAAAUCCUCCAGAGUUAAUUAGAACGUUGCUCGUUAAGUCAGAACGGAAGGCAAAGCAUCUUUGAUGGACGAGACAGUCUCAAAUCACCUGCGAGACUGGUGGGCUUGAAUGUGCCUGAGCCCUCCCUGGAGGGGCCUUGUCCCCAGGUCCCUGCUAAAGGAGGCACGAGUUCAGAGUCAGGGACUAGCUCGGGGCCUCAGCAUGGACGCUGGACGGCAAACUGGUAACCCACGUCUGCAAACCCUGUUUCCUUACUAAACACACUAACGCAUGUGCACACUCAGUUGACAGCUGUGACUCCUGCAGGCGGUGUGCCGUCCCUGCUGCGACUCCUGCAGGGGAUGUGCCGUCCCUGCUGCGACUCCUGCAGGGGAUGUGCCGUCCCUGCUGCGACUCCUGCAGGGGAUGUGCCGUCCCUGCUGUGACUCCUGCAGGCGGUGUGCCGUCCCUGUGGUGAAGCAUCUGAUGCGCGUCUAGAUAGAUGGGAACACAGCUGUGUAGACAGGUCCGUGUCAGCUUCCUGUGCAUACUAUGGUUGAAGACGAAGGUAUGUCGUAUUUUUAUUCUUUUAUUUUUUAUUUUUUUAAAAAUUUUACUGUUUAAAAUAAUACAGAUGUCCCUUU